UGGGUAGAUAAGAUUAUGGAACUCUGGAGUAACUACCUGCAAGUCCAUUGGAUUAAUAUGGUUUUUUAACAAGUAUAGAGAUAGAAUCCAUACUAAUAUACUUUUGAUUGUUGUUUUAAUGUGUUGAACUAUCUAGUAUUUGAAAGAAACAAUAGCGAGGUAAACAAAUAUUAAUGUCUGGUAUACCCACAGGUGACAGGUUCCUAUCACGUGACCUACCAGGUGACCUACAACGUGACCUACCACAUGACGUAUCGCGUAACCUAUCACGUGACCUACCCGGUGACCCAACACGUGAUGGAAGAUUUGAAAUUCGUGACGAAAGUGAAGUUCUACUGGACGACAUCAAAUGUUUACAGUUAACAGAAGACUCGUUUAGUGCAGCGUCUCAUAUCGUGAGAGAAAACAAACAUUUGAUUGGAGAUUUUAAACGACUUGUGGAUACACGGACACAAGGAACUAGACAAGAGUAUUUAAAGUGUUGUAUGGAAAUGUACAGGCUUAAAGACGAUUCUAGAAUAGAAGAAGAUGAGGUUUUAAAAUUCCAAGUGUUAAGUCAAUUUUUGUUUCACCUGAACAUAAUCCCAGAAUCUGUAGCUGAAUAUCGCAGUGCUGAUGUGGGCCAAGUAAAAGUUGAUGUUGAAACUCUGCACAAGCUGUGGUGUUGGUUGUGCUCCUUCAAUGUACAGUGUACACUACAGCUGGCUGUAUAUGAUGACGUUAUUUUAUCAUUGAUCGAGUAUAUAAAUGAUUGGGAUAUUGAUGACGAUGAAUGUUUUGAGUACGCUACUUGGAUUAUCUACAAAAUAAUUAAAGUGUCGGAUAUUCAAACACAACAGAAACUGUGUGUCUUCAUCGAGGACUCAAGAUCUAUUUUUGUAAAAAGAAAUACAGUUGCGCUUUAUGUCCUUGCUUUGUUCUCAAACGAUGAUCAAAUAGAUGACAUCAUAGUUGAUGAUGACAUGUUGAGAAAUGUAUAUUAUGACGUAGAAAAAGUAUUUAAGUACAGGUUUGACAGGUAA